CCCCCCGCAGCCGCCAUGGGCAGGGAGCGGCCGGGCCGCGGCGCGCGGAGCCAGGGGGGACCGCCGGCCGCCGACGCCGCGGGGCCCGACGACAUGGGGCCGAAGAGGGGCGCGGGGGCCCCCAAGGAGAGCGGGGAGGAGGAGGCCCGGACGUGCUGCGGCUGCCGGUUCCCGCUGCUGCUCGCGCUGUUGCAGCUGGCGCUGGGCAUCGCCGUGACCGUGGUGGGCUUUCUCAUGGCCGGCAUCAGCUCCUCCCUGCUAGUCAGAGACACUCCGUUUUGGGCUGGGAUCAUUGUCUGCUUAGUGGCCUAUCUUGGUUUGUUUAUGCUUUGUGUUUCCUAUCAAGUUGACGAACGGACAUGCAUCCAGUUUGCCAUGAAACUCUUGUACUUUCUGCUGAGCGCCCUGGGUCUGACGGUGUGUGUGCUGGCUGUGGCAUUCGCCACUCACCACUAUGCACAGCUCACACAGUUUACCUGCGGAACCGCACUCGACUCCUGCCACUGUAAACUGCCCUCCUCCGAGCCCCUCAGCAGGACCUUUGUGUACCGGGAUGUGACUGACUGUACUAGCAUCACUGGCACUUUCAAACUGUUCUUACUUGUUCAGAUGAUUCUGAACUUGGUCUGCGGGCUUGUGUGCUUGUUGGCCUGCUUUGUGAUGUGGAAACACAGGUACCAGGUCUUUUAUGUGGGUGUCAGGAUGUGUUCCCUGACAGCUUCUGAUGGUCAGCAGCAAAAGGUCUAACAUUCUUGUUCAAAGGUGGGAGAGAAAACAGCAUCCUGACUAGCUGAGAUU